GAAAAAUUUAUGACAAGAGGUAAAUAAAAUUAAUUAUAAAAAAAAAAGAGAAAAAUGAAAGACCCCCGGGGAGCAGUAAAAAAUUAUUUGGGCAACUACAAAUAUAAUUUCAAAAGGUUGUAGGAGCUCAGGGCGACAAACGACGAUUACAGCUUUCUACGCAAAUGCUGGAUUCUUCGUACGAGCCAUCAACGGCGGCGGCUUCCUCUUCUUGAAAUCCCUCGUCGACUUCUCAACCGGCGCAGUCCCAGAAUGCUGAUUUGGUGGAUUACCUCAUCAAAUCACUCGGGUUCUCCAGGGAUGCUGCCGUUGCUAAUUCCAGUAAGGUUACUGUUUUGCAGCGUGGGUAAAACCCUUGAACCGAAAGUUAAAAGUUCUUCCAAAAUAAUGGCCUGUCCGGGUCGGACCUAAUCAAAGUUAUCAAGGGCUACAAAUCACUCUGGAGAUUAGGUUUGGGCAAUCUUAUUAAACCCAGAGUUUUGUAUUUACGACAAUUGGUGGGUACUGAUGAUUAUUUAGUUAAACUGUUGAGGAAAUAUUCUCCCGUUCUUGGCUAUUUAGACAUUGAAACGGUGGAGAGUAAAAUAAAGCUGCUGAGAAAUUAUGGUUUUACUGAUCAAAAUAUUGCGAAAUGGAUAUCCAAUAAGCCACAGAUGUUUUUCGCCUCAAAGCCUGAGGAGAUGGCAGAGAUUCUGCAUAGAGUAGAAAAUGAAUCGGGCAUUCCUCGUGGAUAAAAAAUGUUGCCCUAUAGGUUUCAGGUCGUGUGUUCGAAUGCUAAGUCAAACAUUGAUGAGAAAUUCAGAGUUCUCCGAAGUUUUGGCUUGUCGGACUCUCAGAUUUUUGGAAUGGUUAGCACGCAUCCAUAUAUUUUAGCCAAGUUAGGUCCUAGUAUAUGGAGAUCUGUUGAUUACUUAAUGAAUGAACUUGGAUACAACCUGGACUUCUUGGCAUCCCACCCAGUUUUUCUGUCCCUAAGUUUGGAAAAGAGGGUGAAGCCACGGAACGAAGUUUUGAAAAUUUUAAAUGAGAAGAAGUUGAACAAGAGGAAGGCAGCUUUAUAUUCUGUUUUGAUCAUACCAGAGUCAAAGUUCCUGAAGAACUAUAUUCUUCCUUUCAAGGAUAUAUUACCAGAUGUGUGUGAAACUUAUAUGAGUAAAGUUGAAAAACAAAAGUUCAAAAGUAUUUGAUGUUAUUCAGGUAAUCAAAUUUUCAAUUUAGUUUUUCAGACUAUCUUUUAAUUGAUGUGUCUUCCAAUUGUUUGACUAAUAUAUUUCAUUCUAUCUAGCUGCUACUGCUACUGCUACUACUUCGUAGGAAUAGUGAUCUGGAACUAUGAUGUAUCCUGUAUUUUGUAACUCAUUGUCGUAUCCCUGUAGUUUGUAGUUAAUUGUUUAUCCCUGUAGUUUGUGGUUCAUUGUCUUAUCACUGUAGUUUGUAAUUCAUUUAUUAUGGAAAGUGGUACUAGCUUAUGGGACCUUUGCAAAAGUGCAUUUAUAAUUAUUCAAUCCGUAUAUAUUUCACAAUUAUACUUGUUAUGAGCAAUUAGAGCUUUUAAUUUUCUCUGUUGCUUUCUCAAAACUUUUUCUCAAUGUGAAUCUGUCAGUUUUUUAUGUACCAUCUUUUCAAUGACUAUUGGAAGCAAAGGAUUGGAUUCUUAUUAGUGUUUUACACGCCAGCUAUAUCACUGUAUGAGAACUCUUUGCAGCCCACUUAUGGUGUACAAGCUGUUACAUGUAUAAUCAAAUAUGCCAAAGUUAGGAAUAGGACCGAACUAUAUUUCAAAAGGUUUCAUUCAAUAUUAUUUUCAGUUCUUGUCAAUCAGAUUCCAGUGAAAUACCAUAACCGAACUUGUUGGUGGAAUUAUCUGUCUUGCAAUGAAUGAUGUUCUACAACGAAUCAUGACCUGUGUAUGGUUCUUGUAAACAGUCCAUUUCUUGAGAUAGAAAUGGUAGAUCAGAGUUUGGCCUACGUGUGAAAUAAUGUCUAUUUUCUUCUUUGUCUGAAGCAGUUGGUGUAAUGGAACUAACAAAAUCUAUCAUCUGUGGUGUGUAUGCAGGAAUGUACUGACUCCAUUAAAUCUGUUGAGAUGAAACCAAGGUUUGAAGGCAGUUGCAGUCAAUUAACGCAGGAGUCCUGUGGUUUAUUCUGGUUCAAUGAAAAGCAUUGGCAAACUAGAGAAAGAAAAUAACAAAUGGUUGGUGCUGGUGGUUGCUUUGGAUUGAAAAAGUUGGUGUUGCGGUAUUCACCAGCAAUGACUAACUUCGUUUUCCAUGAUGGAAGAUGGGAGGGAAAUGCAAUGGCUGACUAGUCAAACAUUUGCAAGGGAAGUUCAGUGGCUGACUAGUUAAACACCUGUUUUCUCCAUAAUGUUGGUUCGCAUUAAUUAGUUGCGUACUGGGUAGAUAUCUCUCCUUGUAACUAUAUUCGUGAAGACACCUAAUUACUACUUUACAAACACGGUACCUUGAUAUAAUGUUACUGAGAAUUAAUGUAUGACUUUGUUGUAUGCAAUUUGUGCAUAUGGUAAUAACUGUUAUUUAUUUUAAAAUUAGACAAACCAUUUUUCUCUGGUUUACAGAAGGCAUGAAUGACGUAG